AGGGGCAGAAUGCGGAGAUUCCUUUGUUGUGAUAAUCUCGCCCUGUGUUCUCUGCACAGAAUGGCCUCUAUCACCUUGCGCUCCUUGCAAAUCUCCGUUAUCACCUCUUCCUGAAUAGAGACAGAAUUCCUCUGCUCAGGGCAGAUAAGCUCAGGGUUGGGUGACUUCGCUAUUAAGAACAGGCGGUUCCAAUGAAUCUUUACCGAAACAUCCGCCAUUAUCACGCCUGCGAAGAUCCACGGAGUGCGCGGAACAGAUUCUAAGCCAGAUGGAUCAGUCUACGUCUCUACAAGGAAAGGUGGUCGCGGUUUGGAGUUUUCUGAGCUAAAAGAACAUUCAUGGGGAGAUGGCUGACCAGCACAUCCCCGUGGGACAGGGUGUCCAGAUUCGUUUUAUUGAUGACCUAAAAGAAAAUAAGAAACCACGUAGUCGGAGAUCGAAGCAAGAUUCCUAUGGCGUGGCUAUCCGUGUACAGGGAAUAGAUGGCCAGCCAUUUGUUGUGCUGAAUAGUGGUGACCAGUCCAAAUCCUCGUAUGGUGUGCAAAUCAAAUCCCAUGGAACUUUGGAGAAUGUUUCACCAAAUCCUCCACCUGAUUACCAGGGUAUUUCCACUAAAGGCAGCAGAACGCUGAGGUCCAUGAGCUCGGAAUCUGAGCUUCCAGAAAACCCCUAUGCAAACAAAAGCUUCUCGCAGAGCGGCUCGCAGUAUAGCAGCACCUCGGAUGAAGAGCAGAGCUCAAAGCCCCGCAGCAAGGCCAGGGGAAAUGAAGGGGUCUCAUCGAGACCACGCCAACUGGUUCCUUCUCCCAAGGAGGAAUUGAGGCGGUCUCAGUCUUAUGGCUCGUUAUUGGACCCCGACGCUGAUGAGCCGUAUAGUUACGACCAUCAUUACAGUGAAAGAUCGUCUACCAUUGACACCACUUACUUCCAAUCAUCAAGCAACAGCAGUGGCCUAAAGAAGACAGAAAAUGGCGCGCAGACGACUGGUGGAUUUAGGUCAGUGAGGACCAGUCAACAAUCUACCUUCGUUACAAAAAACGCUGUAUCGCAAAAGAAAAGUAAUUCUGCCUCCUUAUCACCAAAUCAGCCUAGUGACGACAUAGACACUAAACCGCUGUCUUCAGUGGAUUCGCUGAUCAACAAAUUUGAUGUUAAAGGACAGGUGAGAGGCAGGACGGCACGAAGGAGCCAAGCCCUUAAAGAUGAAAGGAAACGGUCUCAAAGCCUGGACGGGAGAAAAUCUUACCAGGAUACUGCUGAAUCAAGAGACCUGCCCUCUGGACACCAGAGUUUGGUGCAGAUAAGAGGAGAUCCUCCUAAUUCUGGGAACCGACCCUUUACCAGGCAGACUCUGGAGAGGGAAGACGUAAACAAGAGCAGACAGACCAAGGAUUGGUUGGCCCAGAACAUGGAGGAGCCAGUGACGCAAAGGCAGCAGCGAACUGUCCAAGCUGAGCUUCAGCUGAAGAGCACGCCAGACCUUUUGAGGGACCAGCAGUCAGAUGGAAGUGACCCGAACUGGCAGAUAAUUUAUAACGUUCUCAGGGACGGGUCCAGUGACAGUGACAGUAUGCAACGAAGGAAGGCCAAUCUACUCCUGGAGAAAUUUCAGUCUUUUGGGGCUUCCCCGAAUGAGGAGAUAAGGACCCUGACGACUCAAAAGAAGGAGCUGGAGAGGAAGGUUUUGUUACUUCAAAGUCAGUUGGACAGUGAGAUAAAGCAGAGGAUGAAGAUGGAAACCUCACAAGAGCGACCCAAGGCCAGCGUGCAGAAGCUUGAAAUCCAGCUGGAGGAGAGGGUGGAGGAGUGCUCGCGGCUGAAGGAGCUGUUUGAGAAGAAGAAGGGCGAGCUGAAUUCCAUGUCUCAGGAAUUAAUGGAGGUACGAAUGAGCAAAGAACAGGUAGAAACCAAGAUGCGCUCCUUGGAAGACAAGCUGCUGGACGCGAAGGAGGAGAUUUCCCAAUUGCGUUCGAAGGGGACGGUGUCUAGAGACAACCACGCUUUACUUAAGGAGCUGCAGGAGACUCAGGAGGAGCUUGACGAGGUCCUACAGAUCAAGCAGAAGCAGGAGGAGCUUUUGAGACAGAGGGAGCGGGAGCUGACCGCCCUGAAGGGAGCUCUGAAAGAAGAGGUAGCAAAUCAUGACGUGGAGAUGGAUCGACUCCGACAGCAGUACCAGAACGAUGUACAACAGCUGAGGAAGAACAUGGAUAAUGUCUCCCAGGACCAGUUGAGCUUGGAGACGGAGCGCCAGAAAAUCAACCAGGUGGUGCGAAACCUGGAGCGGGAGCUGGAAGAAAGCGGCGAAGAGAUAAAUCAAUGGAAAGAUAUGUUUCAGAAAAACAAAGAAGAACUGCGUAGUGCAAAGCAGGAGCUGCUGCAGGUAAAGCUGGAGAAGGAGGAAUUUGAGGAUGAGCUGAAUGAGAUGAAGAACCGGUUCUCCCUACUGCAGUCUGAGUUCGACCAGGCCAAGAAGGUCUCUGUGGUCACAGGAGAAGCAGAGACCAUUAAAAAGGAGCUGAAGCGCGUUCAGGACCAGAUGAAGCAGCUCUCCUUGGAGAAGCAGAGACAGGAGGAGAGUCUGCACCAGAGUGAGAGGGAGCUCUCUGCUCUGAAGGGAGCAUUGAAGGAGGAGGUGUCUGGCCAUGAUCGGGAGACUGAGAGACUGCGCGAAAAAUUCCAGAAGGAGAAUCAACAGAUCAAGAAGGACCAUGAGGACCUGCUUAAGACAAUAAAAAAGCUGGAGAGUGAGAAGUUAGAAUCUGAGCGCUUGCUCCACGUCAUUGAGAGCACCCUGCAAGAGAGUAGGGAUGAGAAUGAUGACCUGAGAAGGAAGAUAUUGGGGUUGGAGGCUCAGCUGAAGGAACUGAACACAUUCUGUGAUGAUCUCCAGCGUGCAGAGACUCGGCUGAAGGAGAAGAUCGGCAGAUUAGAGUCCGAUCGGAAGCAAAUGGAAGAGUCUCUGGGAGAAGCUACAGACCAGGGGCAAGAGUUUUCUAUGAUUAAACGAGACCUGGAGACCCGGCUGGAGGAGUCUCAGAGGAGCCUGAGGCGCCUGACGCUGGAGUACGAUGAGCUGCAGGAAUGUUACCAAGAAGAAAUGAAGCAGAAAGACCAACUGAAGAAGACCAAGAAUGAGCUAGAAGAUCAGAAGCGCUUACUGGACAAGUCGAUUGACAAACUGACCCGAGAGCUGGAAAGCAUGUCCUCUGAGUCCCGGGGCUCCCUUCAGAUCUUGCAGACACAACUGGAAGAGUACAAAGAGAAGUCUCGUAGGGAUAUCACAGAGGCCCAGAAACAAGCCAAGGAGAAGGCGACUGAGGUGGAGAGAACGCAGCUUAAUGUCAGCCGGCUGCAGGAGGAGAUACAGAAGCUGAAGCAGGCUCUGCAAGAAAGUCAAGCAGACAAGGAGACCGCUGUCCUCGAUAAGCAACUCAUCAGCCAGAGACUACAGAGUCUGGAGCAAGACAUUGAGUCUAAGAAGCGCUUCCAGGAUGACCGUUCCCGGCAGGUGAAGGUGCUUGAGGACAAGAUGAAGCGCCUUGAGGAGGAGCUGGAUGAGGAGAGAAACACAGUGGAGCUCCUGACUGAAAGGGUUAACCGCAGCCGCGAUCAGAUGGACCAACUGCGAGCAGAGCUGAUGCAAGAGAGAUCCAGUCGUCAGGAUCUGGAGUGUGACAAGAUCUCCUUGGAGCGACAGAACAAAGAUUUGAAGAGCCGUUUGGCCAGCAUGGAGGGCCAGCACAAGUCAAGUGCUAAUGUAUCCCAGCUAGAAGCCAACCUGCAGGAGAUCCAGGAGAGGCUUCAGUCUGAGGAGAGGGAAAAGAACAAUUUGUUGUCGUCAAAUCGUAAGCUGGAGCGAAAGAUAAAGGAGCUGAAUAUUCAGCUGGAGGAUGAGAGGCUCCAAGUUAAUGACCAGAAGGAUCAGCUGAACUUGCGGGUCAAAGCCCUGAAGAGACAGGUGGAUGAGGCAGAGGAAGAGAUCGAGCGAAUGGAGGGGCUCAGGAAGAAAGCUGUGCGAGAGAUGGAGGAACAGCAAGAGAUAAAUGAGCAGCUUCAGGCGCGACUCAAGACCAUGGAAAAGGAGACCCGACGUAAGCCUGCGCGUCCUGCUGCCAGCGAUGACCUCAGCUCGGAUGGAGAAUACGACAGUCUGUAUGAUCCCAGCUCCAUCACCUCUUUACUCACGGAGAGUAAUCUCCAGACCAGCUCCUGCUGAAGGUCCCAUAGCUGGGGACACCGCCACAGGAUAACGAGAGCACCCUGGAGAAGAAAUAACCAGCUCAUGGUGCAGGGAGACGUUCCUUUGUGAAUGUAAAUUCUGACUUUGCUAUUUUGAGUCGGCGGAGCAUCCAUCCACACAUCCUCCCCAAACAUUUUCCGUGUUAUAUUUGUUGCAGCCAGAAGGAUAGCUAUAACCUGUUGUGCCUUUCAGACUGACCAGCAUUGGGCUUUUUGUCUAGAGAUUGUUUUAAAUAUUACCGGAUUCAUGGCGACGGCUGUUUGUUAAGCCAUGUAACUUAUGCACCUACGCUAAAGACUACCUAACAAGCCGUGUCUCCAUCUGCCCCCUGCCCAAUCGAGAGCCCCCCCAGGGGGCAUUUACUGGCUACCUUGUCUCUUUAACAUGCCUCCGCUACUAAACGACCAAAAAUUGAAGAUUUUCUGAACAAUGACCA